AUGAAUAUGGAGCUACACAACAUUAGAGAAUUUGAAGUUGUGCCACAAGAAUGUGUUGAUUACAUUGGGAACACUAGUUGUGGCUUGAAGAAAGAUGGGUUUGAUGCGUGGGCUUUUGAUGUUGAUGAUACUCUCCUUUCAAUUGUGCCUUACCAAAAGAAACAUGAUUUUGGGGGAGAGAAGUUGAAUUGGACCUCUUUGGAAGAAUGGAUGAGCAAGGGCAAGGGACCAGCUCUUGAGCACUCUCUAAAGCUCUUCAAUGUGCUCAAGGAUCUUGGAGUUCAAAUCAUUUUGGUUUCUUCUAGAAGGGAACAUCUCAGAUCUACCACUAUUGACAACAUUGUUAAUGUUGGCUACCAUGGGUGGACUAGUCCCAUAUUAAGGGGUCCAAGUGAUGAACUAAAGCAAGUCCAACAAUACAAAGCUGGGGUGAGGAGGAAACUGAUCGGCAGUGGUUACCGAAUUUGGGGCAGUCGGAGACAAGUGGAGGGAUAUCGUCGGACUUCCAAGCAUACAAUGGACGUUCUAGCUUCCCAAUUCUCUAUACUACGUUGCCCGAAAGAUUGCAGAUUUUCAAUUGAUCACAUCGUAACAUAA